AUGAGGACACACGGCCACGCAGAGCUGUUGAAGGCCGAGGCCCACAUCGGCGGCGAACACCAAGCGAUGGCGGCACGACUCCGGCUGGAGUCAGAGGAGCUCGCCAGCAUGGAGCGGCGCGCCGUAACGGCGGCGAGGUCGAGCGAGAGGUCUCUCCACCUCGCCUCGGCGAGGGAAGAGAGGCGCGUCGAGUUCGUCGAAUCAGAGGCGAGCGAUCGAGAACGAGCGCUCCGCAGCGAACUGGCAGACCACGACCGUGCCCUACGGCAGGAGGUCCGUGAUCAUGACGCGCGGUGGCGCUCUGAAGUGCGCCACGCCAGCGAGCAGGCGACUGCGGCGGCUCGGCAGGCGGCCAACCAGGAGGUAGACCAGUGGGCUGCGGAGCUGGUGGCUGCCAGUGACGAGCGGCUUCGCGAGGUCAUGAACGCGGAGGACGAGGCGAUCAUCGAGAUGCAGGACGCGCAGUCUGAGCUCCACAGCUGGAGAGCCGAGGCAGAGGCCUGCCGCGACGAGCUACGCGCGGUACCAGUGGCCACUGUGGGCGCUACAAGUCCACAGCGGGAUGGCAGCGCCGCUGGCCACGCUGGCGUCGACCUGCAUUCAUCCAAGGAGUCUUCGGGCGAGGAGUUCGCCCGGAAACGGACGGUGGUGAAGCCCAUCGACCUGGGUUCGCCGCCCACGCCUGCUGGUUUUCGCAGUUGGCUUGCGGACGUGUACACCAAGUGCACGGCGGCGUCCAACAGGUCACAGCAACGCACAAUCAGGUACAUCAAGGGCGCGGAGGGCUGCGCCGACCCAGCAGUGCUGCUGAGCGUGCCAAGGAAGUGGCAACAAUUCGACGCCGAGCUCUUCUCGGCAGAAGCGCAAGCUGACGACGUACCGGGCGCCGCUACUCAGGUCGACCUUACGACGUUGAUGAAGCACGAGUUCCAGGGUGACCUCAGCCUGAACCUCGACGGCCUCGAUGCCAUACUUGAGCAUCUUCGCGAUCCACCAGACGAAGCUCUUCUCCAUGCUGUUGUCGUGCCGCAGCUGCGGAAGUGCAAGCCUUUGGCAUUUGAUUUCGAGCUCUACGACCGCGCCGACGAGGGCUCGACGGACAAGACCGCGCAGUUCCUGUACGACCGGGCGAGGGACUACGUCAGGCGCAAGGAGAUGCAGGACGUCUUAGAUUCCCUCCUGAAGCCGGCGCCCAAAGUAACGCCAGUGAAGCCGAAGGGCGCAGGCAAGGGUGACAAUGUCGUCGAGGGCGCUGGAGACGCCGCUGCCAAGUCGAAGGACGUGUGCAGGAAGUUCGUUGCUGGUACUUGCGUCAAGGGCGACGCCUGCAAGUACGCGCACGCGGGGCCUGAGGUAGCAAAGGCCAAGGCGAAAGCCAAGGCCGAUGUCAAGGCCAAGCCAGCGCCGAAGGCCAAGGCCUCGGCAGAGCAGCCCAAGGAGCGCAUUCCAGCAUUGUGCCACCACGUCAAGAGAGGCAACACUUGCCGGUACGGCCAGGACUGCAUCUUCAGGCGCUACUCCACGCCGCCGACAAAAGGCGACACCAAGGCGAUUGAGCUUGGGGCCCCCGCCAAGAUGCCAACGAGCGCCACGGGGUCUGGAGCUGCCGCGGAGACGCCCAAGAAGCAGAUGAUCUGCAAUAUCCGGGCGUCUGCGUACGACGAGUGGGCCCUCGACACGGCAGCCGCCCUCGACGUAGCCAAUCCCAGGGUCGCCGGCUCCAAGGGCAAGUCGGACGUCGCCACGGCCAUGUGGUCAGCAGGGGGGAUUUUCGGCUCGAUCGAGACCGUCACUACCGACCUCGCGCCCAUCGGUGAAACGAUCACGGCGCAUGUUCUCCCAGACACGCCCAAUGCCUUGGCACUUGGGCGACGUUGCGCGGAGAUGGGCUUCGGCUUCUAUUGGUUGCCCUACGCGGAAAAGCCAUCCUUCAUCUCGCCGUCCGGGGUGCCAUGCGAGGUCGAGGUGGACGAGAAUUUCGUGCCGUUCGUUCGCUGUCGACGGCCUGGGCGAGGACGAAACGUGAUCGCAGUGGCAGCUGCGGCGCUCGCGCCGGCCGCGCCCGACCUCGAGCGGCGGCAGGAGAGCGUCGUCAACAUCGAGCCCAGCAUCCCACCGAUACCAGAAGAGCCUGGCGCAGCAGAUGACUCCGAGCGGACUCUCCUGGCAGACGUCCAGAGAGUGUUGGACAUGGCCGACAGGACGGAGCACGACGUCGUGGCCGACAUCAUCGCCAACGACUCCAAGUUCGAGGUCUCGCAGGUUGACGCCAAGGACGAGGAGCAGGACUACUGCAGUCCGUGCCCAGGCGCGCGCGCACCCGAGCACCAGAGCAUGCACCUGCCCCGCAUGAAGGGGCGCCCGAUUUGCGACGACGCGAAGCACCUGCAUAAGUAUAAGCUCCGGCGCUCGGAGCCCAUGGUGCACGUCACUGGCCAGGAUGCCAUCGACAGGCCGUUCGGGGCGAUGCUGCACAUCGACUGGCUGGAGAUCCGCCGUGGCGCCCAGGCCUUCAAGACGGCGCAGCGCGCGUUGAUGCUUACGGACGACCUCACCAUGUUUCUCGGCGCUGGGCCCUCGAACUCCAAGGAGGCCAGCGUGGUGGUGGAGCUGAUCCAUCGGCACGACGAGGUGCCCCCUACCAUUCGGAGGUGGUGGUCUGAUCGAGCAGCUGAGUUCCUGGCCGCAUCUCGUCAGGUGCGGUCACUGCAACCUCUGGCGCACUUCACGUCCGCGCCGUGGCGGCACGCCCCGACGGCGGAAAGAACGAAUCGGACAGCGUCGGAGGGCACGAGGGCCUUGCUCAUCCAGUCAGGCCUCGAAGAGGCGUGGCGGGCGAUGGCGCUGCUCUUCUGGGUCGCCAUGUGGAACGGGCUCAUGAUCGGGAAGGACGGCGUGACCCCGUACCUCAGGAGGCACGGCACGCCUGCACCGUACAAGCAGUACGCCUUCGGCGCCCUCGUGCUGUUCCACCCGCACCGGCCAGUGCCGCAGCAGGGAGCGGAACCGCAGCAUGACAAGCUGCAGUCGCGGCUCGUGCCCGCCGUGCUGAUCGAGGUCACCAUCGGGCCAGGGGGGAGAUGGGCAUCCAGCUACGGGGUCGUCCCUCUGUUGAGGUUCACCUCGGAAAGUCGAGCCUCCAAGGCGGCCAUCCGAAGGACGGUCGACGUGGUGUUCCCAGAGGACGUCACGUUCCCCAUCAAGCAGCGCCUGGCGAUCCACGGAGCCGUGGUCGACAAGACGCUGCCGAUGCCCCGCGCCUUUGACGACAGCGGUUCCUGUGAGAUCCUGGAGGAGAAGGGCGACGUCGACACGGAGGCGGAGUUUUUCGACGGGAUGGGGAAGGAGAACGCCGCCAAGUUCGACUCGAGCGUGCCUCUGGGCCACGUGCUGGCUCUGGAGCCCGAUACCCACGGCGACGAGGUGCAGCUUGAGGUCGUUGCGCCGGCUGGCGACUUCAAGCCAGUGGACGCCGACGUGGUGGAGGCUCAGAAGGCCGUCGACGACAUCCAGCCUGAGAUCGCGAUCGUCGAGGGGGGAACUGCUCCCCCGGGCUGGCGGGUCGACAGGUUCGGGCGCGGCGACAGAGUCCGCCUGGUACACGUGCCGCCCUGGUCACCGCGCCCGCCAACAUGCGAACCCGAGGCGUGGCUUGGCAUCGGGCGAGCUGCUCAGAAGGAGCUCCGCGCAGAGUGGGGGCGAGUCGAUGCUCCGGGCUUCGCGGCGCAGGAAGCCAGACGGUCUGCUUGGUUACAGGCCAAACGAAAGUGCGUUCUUGCACUGGCCACUCCCCUGGCAGCAGUCGCGAGAGGUAUAACUCCGAUUGCCGAGUGCCCCAGGCCGCCAGGGAGCGACGCGGGGAAGGACACCGCGACCCUCGAGCUGAGCGAUCGGAUUCCUCAGCCAGCAUGCCCUGCGAUGGCGCUGCGCCCGUCAGCGACGCACCUCGCCCAGCAGGCUCGCAGCAUGAUCGUCACGGGCGACUACUGCUUCCUCUUGUUGGAGUUGGGAUGCUCCGCGGACAUCGGACUCAGCGCAGCCGUCCAGGAGCAGUGCCUUGCGGUGCGCAUCACCGCCAGGGAUGACUUAUUACUGAAGUCAACAAAGCGUGCGAUUCAUGGCUUGAUCAGGUUUUGCGUCCUUCACGAGGUGGAGGUGCACGCUUGGAUCAGUAUCCCGUGCAUGUCUGGGUGCCCCCAGAGGUUCACCAGCACGACCCCGAGUGCGACCACCAGGGACGAGAGCCUCAACAGCCAGCUCAUCGAUGCAGCCAUCCAGAUUUGCGAGCACGUGAGCAGGACGGACAACACGUUUCUGUGGGAGUGCGCAGAACGAGAUUGGCUGGUGCAGGACCCGAGGGUUGUUGACAUGCUGAGCAUCCAGGGCACGACGCAGCAAGUCUUCAUCAAGCAGAGGUGGAGGAUCGCUACGACACACUCUGGGAUCCCUAUCGAACUAGCGCUUUACUCCGACCCUCCCAAUAGCAUCCAAGAGCAGAGCUUCGUAGAGUGCCGCGGCAAGAUUGCGGCUGCCAGCGCCAGAUACACGCCGAUGAUGGCGAAUCUGAUCUGGAAGGCUCUGAAACCAAGUACUCUCAAGGCGAUGCCAUGCACGCUCCCGGAGCGCAUCAUGGAGCGCGUGCUGCCUCCAGGCCCUCCUUCACUGCCGUCGUGGUGUUUCCUCAUUGCUAGGCUCGUAAACAUGAGGUCGCAGGAGGCUAAGACUGACAAGGCCAAGGCGGCGAUUGAGGCGGAGCUCGAGGGGCACCGAAACAGAGGCACCUGGGACAUGAGCAAGGUCCGCAGCCUGAGCGACUGGAUGGCCGACGGCUCGUACAGUGACGUCGUUGUAGGCCGCGUCUUCGUCAUCCUGGGCUGCAUGAACAGCGAGAUGGCCGAGGACCAAUGGCGUCACAGAGCCAGGGCGGUCUUCCAAGGAAACAACAUAUGGACCAGAACGGGUCGGAGUGCAUACGAAAUCUUUGAAGAUGUUUCCAACAGCCCUGCGAGCCUGAUUGCGGCCAGGUGCGCAUUUGCCGUGGCGAUGCUGACCAACAUGAGUUGCACCUACCGCGACGCGUACCAGGCAUACCUCCAGGCAGCGAUGGAGACCGACCCAGCCAUCAUGAACCUUGUUGAGCUCCCCAAGGACUGGUGGCCAGACAGCUGGUUUUACGAUCGUGAGCGCAAGCAGCCAAAGUACCAUCGACCAGCUGUCCCCCUGGUGUACGCGCUUCCAGGACAUCCCAAGAGUGGGAAUAUUUGGGAGUCACACACGGACGCCGUUCUCAUCGUGGAGAUGACCGGAUGGAGGAAGGUCGAGGGUUGGCACAGCAUCUGGCUGCACACCGAUGGCAGCAUUAUGGUGAUCUACAAGCACUGGUACGAGCUCGGGCAGCACAUUGUGUUCCAGGAGGCGUACGCGGAGGUGCUGCGCUACCCGGGCGCCCUUUACCAUUUUGCCUGCGCAGACCCCGCGGAGCCGCUGAAGGUCCGAACAGUCGCCACCAGCAUGAGCGGGUACCUCCGCAACCUGGUGGACAAGUUCAGGCUGGAGUUCAAAGGGGCGCUGCGGAAGGCGACCACGCCGCACCCCACAGAUGGCGAUUACAACGCGGCGGACGACGAGCCAGGCGUGUUCCAGGCGUCGGCCGCUAGCUCCGUCGCCUCGGGCCUGUAUGCCUCACUGGUAUGCCGGCCAGAUUUGUCGGUUGCAAUCCAGAGGAUGUGCAGUCGGGUGACAAGAUGGACUGUUACAGAGGAUGUGGCGUUGAUUCGCUUCAUGUCGUAUGUGGCGGAGCAUCAUGAUCUUGAGCUGGUUGGCCAGCUUAGCCCAAGUGACCUUGAGCAUUUGGCAGUUCGAAUAUGGCCCGACGCCGAUUGGAACGGAGACAGCACCACGACCAAGAGCACAAGCGGCUUGUAUUGUGAACUGGUGGGCAUCGAGUCGGGGAACUGCUUCCCACUGGCGUGGAAGGUGUCGCGCCAAACAGCGACCAGCAGUAGCAGUGCCGAGUCCGAGACCGUCAGCAUGAGCUCGGCGGCGCGGCAUUGCGCUCUGCCGGUGCAGACGCUGAUCUCGGACAUGCUAGGCGUCCUCGUUCCUGUCGGUUGCCGUGUCGAGAACACGCAAGCGAUACAGGCCAUCAAGAAAGGAUAUUCUAAGCGUCUGAGGGCGAGGGUGCGCAUCGGCCUGAG